AUGUGGUACGUGUGUAUUGAGAUCAUGCAGACUGCAUGGGCACACGGUGGGGUCACCGCAGCCAUCCAGAGUAUCACAGGAAAGGAUCAUCAGAGGGAAGGAAUCAGCGGCAGAAUAAAUUCCAGAAGAGAACUCGCAGACAAAAAACAGGACUUCCAGGUGCGUGUGAGGAUCAUUGAAGGCCGCCAGCUCCAGGGAAACAACAUAAAGCCCGUGGUGAAGGUCUUCAUCGGAGACCACGUGUACAGGACGAGAAUCAAAACGGGGAACAACCCCUAUUUUAAUGAGAUAUUUUUCCAGAACUUCCAUGAGACGCCUACUCAGCUCUUUGACGAGACCAUAAACAUACAGGUGCUGAACUCAAGGGCGGUGCGAGCGGAUUCCAUCAUUGGAGUGUUCAAGCUUGAGGUUGGCCGUGUGUACGACUCUCCCGGUCAUGCUCUCAGCUGGAAAUGGCUCAGCCUUUACCACCCGACUCAUCUGAAUGCUGGCUUGAGAGGCUACUUGAAAGUCAGCCUUUGUGUGCUUGGAGCCGGGGACCAGGCACCGGAGCUGGACAAUCCUGCGGAGAGCGAGGCCGUAGAGUCCAACCUUCUCAAGCCAGCAGCGAUGCCCGUAUGCAUGGCCACCUUUCAGCUCCGCAUAUACAGAGCUGAGGAUAUGCCCCAAAUGGAGGACUCUUGCCUGCAUUACUUUAGGUCCAUGUUCCAGAUGCAUGUCGACAAAAGGAUCUGUGCUGACCCUUCUGUGGAAGUUAGUUUUGCAGGGAAAACGCACUGCACCAGAGUGAUGCCAAGAAAUGCCAACCCGGAGUGGAACCAGGUGCUGUUCUUUCCUGCCCAGUUACCGGCCGUGUGUGAUAAGAUCAAGCUCACCGUGCUGAACGGGGACCGAGCAGGAAAGAGGGACGUCCUUGGGACCACCUACAUCAGCCUGUCCCAGGUGUCCUCCACGGGGGCUGAGAUAGAAGGGGAUUUCUCCGGGUUCCUGCCAUGCUUUGGACCCAGCUUCCUGACCCUCUACGGGAGCCCCAGGGAAUUCACCAGCCUCCACGACCCAUAUGAGAAACUCAACUCUGGGAGCGAGGAAGGGGUGGCCUAUCGAGGUCGGAUUCUAGUGGAAUUAAACACCAGCAUGGAUAGGACCCCCCAGCAGGAAAUAGAGGAGAUCCCUGCAGAGGCUGUUGCCAGGGUGGAGCGAUACUUGUCGCGGCGCAAGUACGGCCUGUGUGCCAUCUUCUAUUCAGCCACCAUGCUGCCCGCUAUCAAGGAGCUGAUCCAGUUUGAGGUCAGCAUCGGGAACUAUGGCAACAAGUUUGACGUGACCUGCAAGCCCUGUGCCUCAACCACCCAGUACAGCCAAGCUGUGUUUGACGGAAACCAUUAUCACUAUCUGCCGUGGUACGACACCAAGCCAAUGGUGGCCAUCACCUCUUUCUGGGAGGACGCUAGCUACUACAUGGACACCCUGAACAUCCUGCACUCCACACGGGACAGGCUGACAUUGAAUCUGGAUGCUCUGAGAUCCGUCCGAACCGCCGAGGAUCCAUCUUUGGGUGACGUCUGGAAGAAGCUGCUGAAAGAGCUGCUGGAGGACUGCAACAGGCCGCUGCCCAGUUUGGAAGGUCGGGUGACAGCCACAGGCCUGGAUCAGCAGCUGAGGGACCUGCGUGGUCGGCUCCUCCACCAAGUAGCCAGGUCUGCAGAAAGGCUGAGCGCUGGGACGAACCCAAAGACCCUGAUCCUCAAGGUAGAGGACUGGCUGCAGAGGAUCAACUCCAUCACUCCUGAGCCCCAAGCCAGCAUGCCCGACGUGGUGAUCUGGAUGCUGUGCAAGGAGAAGCGGGUGGCCUAUGCCCGCGUGAAGGCUCACACCAUCAUGUUCUCCAAGGCCGGUCCCUGCGCCUGCGGCAAGCUGUGCGGGAAAACCCACACCCUCUUCCUGAAGAGCCCCCAGCGAGAUGGGAAGGACACCAUCCAUGGCCAGCUGCGCAUGCGAAUGUGGCUGAGUCUGGUGUCCGACAGCCAGGAGUUCAUGAGGCACUGCGAGGGGAAGAUCGGGGUCUAUGCAGAGACGUAUGAGAACCAGGUGAAGAUCUUUGGGAAGUGGGGGCCCAAAGGGCUGAUGCAGCACCCCAGCUUCUCAGACAUAACCGGGAAGAUUGGUGUCCCGAGGGACAAGUUCCAGGUGCCCAAGGGCUGGCACUGGGAUGGCGACUGGGCGGUGGAGCCACAGAGGAGGCUGCUGCUGGAUACUGAGACCAACCACAGUGAGGUGCUGGAGGAGGUGUACGAGAACGAGAGCCGGCAGCCAGGGGAAGAGUGGGCCCCUGCCCCUUCUCCCAACACCGAUGCGGGCGGAGCCGCCAUCUCCCCAAAGGAAGGGAUCGUGUGCCCUAAGGGCUGGCACUUCGAGGAAGGCUGGAGGGUGGAGGUGAACCGAGCUGUGGAUGAGUCUGGCUGGGAGUACGGCAUUGGCAUCCCCCCCACCGGAACACCCCAGUCCUGGAAUGCAACAGAGAAGACGUACCACACGCACCGGCGUCGGCGCUGGCUGCGGAGACGCUGUCGGGACCUGAACGCUCAGAGCCAGGAGCAGGAAAUCGCCUCCUUUCUCCAGCUGCACUCUACAGGGAAGCCGGCGGAAGAGGACACCUGGGAAUACGCCUCCUUUUUUGGCUGGAAGUUCCACCUGCAGCCCCGGCCGCAUGACGCUUACCGGCGGCGCUGCUGGCGCAGGAAGCUCGUGCCCGUGCAGCCCACCAGGGUGGCUCCCAUUUUCCUCUUGGAGGGCUCCCUGGGUGUGGAGUUUGAAGAUCAAGAGAAGGAGGAAGGAGAGGAGGAGGAGAAAGAGAAACAGAAGGAGCGAGAGAAAAAGAUCCUGGAGGAGGGAGAGAGAGAGAAGAGGUCCCCAGCCCAGAACAUCCUGCAGCUGAACACUCCUCUGAUCACCUGUGUCUUCCAGCAGCCCAAUUACUACCAGCUGCACUGCUACAUCUUCCAAGCCAGGGAUCUGACACCGAGCGAUGGCAGGAGCUCCUCCGAUCCCUAUGCCCACGUGUCCUUCCUGCACAGGAGCCAGCGCACACAGACCUUGACUGCCACCCUGAGCCCCAGCUGGGACCAGACCCUCAUCUUCGACCAUGUGCUGAUUUACGGAGACCCCCAGGCCACCCGGCAGGACCCGCCACUGGUGGUUUUGGAGUUGUUUGACCGGGAUAUCAUUGACAAGGAUGACUUCCUGGGGAGGAGCAUGUGUUCCCCCCUGGUAUGUCUGGAUCUCGGAUCCCGACACCUCCCCCGCCUCCAGUGGUAUCCAAUCACAAAGCAGCAGAAGGAAGCAGGCGAGCUCUUAGCUGCCUUUGAGCUCCUAUUGGAUCCCAAGGAUGGUGCACCAGGCCGCCUUCCUGCCCCCUCCUGGAAGAACGGGGUCUACGUCAUCCCUAGCGACAUCCGGCCCACGCUGAGACUGAUGGCCAUUGAGAUCCUGGCCUGGGGCCUGCGGGACCUGCAGAGCUACAACCUGCUGAGCGUCAUGGCACCAAGCCUGGUGGUGGAGUGUGGAGGAGAGGCCAUCCAGACGGCUCCCAUCAGAGACCUCCACGAGAACCCCAACUUCCCAAUCAAUGUCUUCCUCAUGAGAGUGCACCUGCCCAUGGAAGAAGAUUUAAUGCCCCCCAUCGAGCUGAAGGUCGUGGACAACCGGGAGUUUGGGUACAAGCCAGUGGUGGGCCAGGCCAGCGUGAGAUCCCUGCACCAGUACAUGUGCGAGCCGUCCGCAGGAAAGGAAGAUGUAUUCCUAGUGAGGACAUAGCUGGGAUCCGCAGUCCCCUGCUAUUCCGUGAUCUUGGAAAUAUAAAAUGCUCACACUGCUCUUCCUUCCGUUCUUCCCCAGGAGGAGGAGGAGUGUGUCGACUGGUGGAGCAAGUUCUAUGCUGCCACGGGGGAUCUGGCAAAGAGCGGCGGCUACCUGCAGACAGGGCUGGACAGCCUGAAGGUCUAUAACUGUGAGUUGGAGGCUGUGCCGGAGUUCCAGGGCCUGCAGGAUUUCUGCCAGACCUUCAGGCUGUACCGUGGGCGGGUGCGGGAGGAGGCCAGCGAAGACCCCCUGGUGGUCGGGGAAUUCAAGGGACUCUUCCAGAUCUAUCCACUGCCAGAGGACCCCAGCUCCCCACCACCGCCGCGCCAGUUCCAGGAGCUGCCCGAAAGCCAACCCCAGAAGUGUCUGGUCCGGGUUUACAUCGUCCGGGCCUUUAACCUCCCGCCAAAGGAUAGGAACGGCCUGUGCGACCCCUACGUGCGGGUCACCCUGGGCAAAAAGAAGCUGGGGGACAGAGACCAGUAUCUGCCCAACACCCUGGAACCUGUCUUUGGCAGGGUGUUCGAGCUCCCGUGCACCCUCCCGCUGGAGAAGGACUUGCAGAUCUCGCUCUUUGACUACGACCUCAUCCUCCCCGACCAGAAGAUAGGGGCCACCAGCAUCGACCUGGAGAACCGGCUCCUGUCCCGCUUCCGGGCCAACUGUGGGCUGCCCCAGUCCUACUGCAUUUCCGGCCCCUGUCAGUGGCGAGACCAGCUGCUCCCCACCCAGUUACUGGAGAACUUUGCCAGGAUGAGGAGUCUGGCCGUGCCCGAGUUCAGCGCAGACGGGGGCAAAGCCACUUUCAUGGGCAGGGCCUUCCUGCUGGCGCAGUUCGAGAGCAAGGUCCCUGCGCACGGUCACCUGGGGCCUCCAAGAGAGCGCCUGGCCCUGCACCUGCUCCGCACCUGCGGGCUGGUCCCCGAGCACCUGGAGACCAGGACCCUGUACCACAGCAUCCAGCCCGGCAUUGACCAGGGGAAGCUGCAGAUGUGGGUGGACAUUUUCCCAGAGAGUUUUGGCCCCCCAGGCCCUGCCUUCAACAUCACCCCACGGAUGCCCAAACGGUACGAGCUGCGCUGCGUCGUCUGGAACACGCGGGACGUGGAUCUGCGGGACACCAGCAUCACGGGGCAGAGGAUGAGCGACAUCUAUGUGAAAGGGUGGCUGGAUGGCCUGGAGGAGGAGAGGCAGAGAACCGAUGUCCACUACAGGUCCCUGGGAGGAGAGGGCAACUUCAACUGGAGGUUCAUCUUCCCCUUCGAGUUCCUGCCCAUGGAGCAGGUCUGCGUCCUGCCCGAGAAGCAACAUCUCUGGAGCCUGGAUGAGACGGUGCUGAAGGUGCCCCCCAAGCUCAUCCUCCAGCUGUGGGACAACGACAAGUUCUCGGCUGACGAUUUUCUCGGGGUUCUGGAAAUCAAACUGCUCAGCAUGCCCUGCCCAGCCAGGCGCCCCCGGGCCUGCACCCUGAAAAUGCUGCAGGAUGAGAGCGACUCCCCCACCCCACCCCGCUGCCCCAGGAGCACCUCCCUCUUCAAGCAGAGGCUUGCCCGAGGCUGGUGGCCGUGCGUGGUGCAGGAGGAGGGCAGACAGCGGCUGUCGGGCAAGAUUGAGCUGACGCUGGAGCUGCUGACGGACAAGGAGACAGAAGAGCGGCCUGCUGGGAAGGGAAGGGAGGAGCCAAACAUGAACCCCACCCUGUACCCACCCGUGCGCCCAGAAGCCUCGUUCCUGUGGUUCACGGCCCCCCUCAAGAGCCUCCGCUACAUCCUCUGGCAGCCGCACAAGUGCAAGAUCAUCCUGGGGGUCGUGCUGUUCCUGCUGCUGCUCCUGCUCGCAGCCUUCAUCUACGCCAGCCCGCGCUACUUGGCCAUGAAGCUGAUAAACCCCUUCCGCAGUCUCCAUUCCUUCGGGAGCCUCAAUCCUCUGGCGGGGAGCAGCGGGAGCCCGUAG